UCGAAUAAGGCUGCUAACCGCGCCUCGAUGCCUGCACCAGCGCGCACACCAACCGACCCCUCUCCUUCUAUGCGGGCGUCCGGUAUGAGUAUUGAAUCUUCGGCACGCGCCACUCCCCAUGGUUUCGAACCCACACCCGAAGAGCAAGGCGGAUCAGAGGAAGAAGAUUCGAGCUCACCAACGAAGAAGAACCGAGGCCCCCCACGAAUGAGACACGGUACAAUGGACAGGGCAUUUAAAUUCCCACCUGGACCACCACCUCCGGUCCCUGAAAUCAAGCCUGAACACUUGCAGAAUACCAGGGAUGAGGCAAUGCACCUGUCAGCAGGAGGAAGCCAAGAAACCGAGGCGCCUCUGGAUGUGAAGGGGCCUGCUGACUACGAAGGGUCAGAAGAAGCCGGACUUACAGCUGUUCGUACCGUCGCUCCGUCGAGCGUGGAAGUGCCGUCGCUACCUCCCGUCGAGCGAGAAAAGGGUGCUAGUCAGCAGGAUGAAGGUGACGAAGACCUCGGGGAGACGGAGGAAAUAUCGCUAAAUUGAUCUGGUUCGAUGAUACUGUACGCACUUUUCUGUCUCUUGUUCAUUGUCAGUUCUUUGAGGUUCACACGCACUUUGCGACGCUGCCUUCUUUUUAUCCUGUCCAAUAUAUUUUACCGCGAACGAUCCACGAAGGACUCAGAUGUCUUACAGUUCAUUAUUUUGUGAUGGCUAUUGACAAUUCCAGUCAAGUUGUCGAAAACCC